CUGUAACUGAGAUUCAUAACGACUCCUCCCCCGAGAUUCCUUCGAGCUAUCCAUCUCUCCUCUCCAAACCAAAACAUCGCAGAUCUGAUAACACAACAUGGCCCCGAUCGUUCCCUCAUCUUCUGCCGGCCCUGCUGAGGUCCGCAAAUAUCUUAUCCACCUCCUCAUGACCAAGCACGACGUGGCCAAAGAGGCUGCCGAAGAAAUUGCGAGUCACUGGGAUAUAGCUCGUGGCUCUGAUUUGCGCGAGGCAUAUCAAUAUCAAUUCCAGCAAAUCUUUGGCGAUGGCUACGGAUACUAUAUGUAUAAAAGUGUCCAAGAGGACAUCUGGAGCGAUACCUAUCGCGCAGUAGGCCAUUUUAUUUGCUACACGCCUUCGAUCUGUUUCCUCAUUAUCUGUCUAAAAGUCAUGCGUAAACCCGGUCACUCCUCUGAGAAACGUGAAGGUACGGAGACCAUACGAGGGCUGCCAGUUGGCAUUGGACUUGGCCUCAUCUCCUCCGCACUCGCCAGCUACAUAUUAGAGGAUAGUUGGUGGUUCCUGACCAUCAUGGGGGGCAUAUAUUUCUUUAUUAGUCUUCUCGGAUGUGCGGUGCAGAGGCAUUAUAAUUCUACAGCCCAGAAGUAG